GCAUUUUGACUCUUUGAGGAAGGCAUUGCGUUUACUACCGCUGUACGGUAGAAGAUCGCAGUGACCAUCCGGCGAGGAGUGGAGUCAUCAUGUGUUAGUUGGAAACAGGAUCCGGGUCUGCCUUCUGAUUCAACCCUUUUUUUUCGAACAUGUUUAAUGGAUCCCCUGCUUGACUGCUUCAUCGUAGCACACGCUGCUGCUGUGUCUUGCUGCAUGCCUCAUGGAUCACUUCUCUGAAUUCCCCCUAUUCGUUGACAGCAAUCUCGGGACCCAUCUCGCGAUAUCAGUGUCCCCCGACGACACAGUCGGGAAUGUGAAGAGUAAGCUAAGGCAUGAGCAUUCACUUUGUUUCCCUAAUAUUGGAGAAAUCAGAGACCUUGCAUUGAUGGUGAACAGGGGAUCAUACUUACACCAUCUUCCAGAUUCAAUUCCCAUCAAGGAUGCUUUCAUGGGGCUGAGAACGACUUGGUUUCUUCACAUGAAGGCAAAUCAGAUAAGCACAACAGAUACAGAGAGAGAUAGAGGCAGAAAUGUUUAUGGUGCAAGAGCAGAUAAAUGCGUCAAGUUCAAUUGCAACAUUAAUAUUUCGAAACAUGUAGCACCUGAACCUGCUAAAAAAGCAGGCACUCAAACUGAGAAGCACAUUAGGCCCACUGAUACUGAGUAUGAGAUAGAUUCUUCAGAAAUGGAUAAGGUUGACUGCAUGCAUGGGGAUCAAGAAAAGAAGAGAAGAAAGAAAGGUGCUGUAACAGGUAGAAUAAACAUGGUGUUGGCUUGCAAGAGAAAGGCUGGGACUGUGCGCUGUAAGAAGUUCGGGUAUCUGACUCUAAUGCAUAUUGGCAGUGCAAGGAAAAAGAAAAAUGAGAAACUGAAGAACCAGUACACUUCCAGGAAACGUGUGGGAAGAACAGGAAACAAUGUCAAGUACUCCAACAAGUGGCACAUGCCAGAAAUGACGACCAAUCCUCCUUUUCAUCGCAAGAAAAGAAUAGAACGUGCAACUAGAGAAGUGCAGGAUGUUGCAGCUAAACAUCAAGAUAUCUACAUUUGUUCUCAAUCAAGUCAAACAAAGUCCAUUUACCAUGAGAGUAAAGGAAAUUGUGACGGCCAAGUAGAUUGUACAGUUUCCCGCGAAGAUGGAAAUAAUAGUUUAGGCCCAGGAAAAUGUUAUAGUAGUAGUAAUGUGCAUAAAAAAUACCUUGAACAUGGAUCUGAUCAAUUCACCAAUUUGCAAUCCAGCUGUAAUAUUGGCCUCCAAGAGAAUGGAAUAGCUAAGGUUCAAGGCGUGCAUCAUCAAACCAAUAUUAAUGAAGAUCAAAGUCAGAAUUUUAGACAUCAUAAUUCAAAGAAAAUAUUUCGUCAUGCAUAUAUCCCACAAAAUUUGCAUUCAAGAGGUGAACUUCAAAGAGAAAGCUUAUCUUCAGAAACUCCAGAAACUCCUUCAAGUAGCAUGUCAGAAAUGGUUUCAGUGUCGGGCAUCAUCAGGAGGUACUUUAACUCUGAUGAAGUGAGUUUAACUGACAAUCAAGCUGAAAGCAGUAAAUGUGCAAGGGGAUGCCCUGAGAGCCAUACCUUCAGAUGUGCGCAUCUAUGGAAUCAAGUUCAUGGUUGUUGGGAACCAGAGACUCCUGGUAUCCAAGAGGAUCAGUCUAAUAGGGGAGGAAUAGCUCCUUUACACACCGAAGCAUCUUCUCAUGUCAAUGAAUUUAAUCAAUCUGGUCAAAUAAGAGAAACUUUUCUUGAACAAUCAGAGAGGAAUGUUGCAGAACAUGCUAAGAUAAGAGGUAAACAUCACAAAGGUCUUAGUUGCAGUAUGUUGCAAGAGGCACCAUUGGCAUCAAAUAUGGAUGAUUGUAAAAGUUCGCAAGUGAAGAACAGUUCUAAAAAGAAGAAAAGAAAAAAGAAGAAAAGGGAAGAAAAGAAAGAGGAGAAUGUUCAUCACCAAAAGAUACAAGUGGAGAGCCAAACGGGUGAUGAAAACAGAGUUGAUCAACCUUCAAAUUGUGCGGACACUUCACUGGAUGCUAAAGUGAAUGAUUUUAUGUCUGAACCUGCCGUUGGUGCAGAUUCUAGGGCUGACCCCCCGCGUUUUCCUUCGUCCAGCAGCGGCCACAGUUCUCCAAAGUUAAAGCCUCGAAGAAUGGAAGUUGGAAAGCGCAUUCUUGAAGCAGUAAGCAGCCUAAGCACUUCAUGUAGAAAAAAAUCCUCUAAUCUUGAGCUGAGAUCCAAGAUAUCAGGAUCAAAUUCAAUUAGGAAACUCGAGUUUGAGAUCCUUUAGUAUGGUUGUAAAACUGUUUAAAUGCAAGUCAAAUCUCUCUCUCUCUCUCUCUCUCUCACACACACACACACACACACUCACUCUCUCUCUCUCUUUUACUGGAUUUUUUUUAAAGCUUCUUUUAAAACCUUUUGGAUGCUAAAAGCCAUGCAGUAGAAAAGGUUGCUUUAUCUUGGUAACUGUGUAUUUUUUGAUCUGUUCGGUGUAACUUUUUGGGUUCAUUGUUCUAUAAAAUGAAUACAGA